CGCUCAGCCUCCGACGUGCAUCGACGGACGGACGUCCAGCCGGGAGGGUCGAGGGCUGUCUCUGAGGGUUUUUCACCGCGGAUUAUUUCCGGAGUUACAGACGUCGCGAUAUCGCGUUUAGUUUCAUCGAGACCAACACCGAGUGCAUCUUCUUUCACCGAAGGCAAUCUUGAGAUGCGGAGACUUCUAGGCAUGUGUUGAACAUAGAGUCUGGACUACUGGCAUGGAGUUUGAUCUGCUGCCUUUUCUUCUUUUACUGUCAGCAUGUAGCUUCGAGCUCGCGGUCGGUCAGCAGGGCCCAUUUUUCAUCCAAGAACCACCCAGCACUCUGGUAUUUUCCAACACAACCGGGUCUCAGCUGAGUUGUUCCGCUCAUGGAAGUCCGACUCCGCAUGUCACGUGGACUACAAGUCCCGACCAGAGGCCAGUUACGGCAGUACCGGGUCUACGGCAACUGUUGGGUAACGGAACACUCUAUUUCCCACCGUUCUUGGCCCAAGAUUUCCGGGCUGAAGUUCACAGUGCCCGGUACAGAUGCAGGGCGUCAAAUUCCAUAGGAACGGUUCUUUCGAGAGAAGUCACCCUGCGAGCUGUACUCACCGUUUCCGGAUACGACGUAAGGGUGAACAGAGCUCCCGUGGUUACGGGAUGCAACGCUGUUUUGUCCUGCACCACACGCGAAGACGUCAAGGAGCAUUUGACGGUCACAUCUUGGUUCCGGGAUGACGCCAUCUUACUUCCAGGGAGUACUGACACCGGCGGAAGAUUCGUCGUGACGUCACAAGGCGAGCUACAUAUCCGAGCUGCAAGGGCGGAAGACGGUAGAGCAACUUAUUCAUGCCUUACACUUCACUCUUUGACUGGUGAACGUCGGCGAAGCGAUCCCGCCACUCUGACGGUUACAGAACAAAGUGGAUCGAUGCGUCCCACGCUCACCCAACGUUCGCAGAUGGUUAUUUCUGCUGAGAAAGGAUCCAACACUCACAUCACAUGCUCCGCUCAGGGAAGCCCACCUCCGGUAUUUACGUGGUACAGAGAUGUCGAUGGUCACCUAAUUCCGGUUGAAUCGUCGAGUCGAAUUCAGCUCUGGGGAGAUCUGAUGCAGAUACGUCGCGUGGAUGCCCAAGAUGCUGGGAGAUACGUUUGCCGAGCGAGUAACCAGUUUGGGGAACAAAGGGCGGAAACCCACUUGGCCGUCACUUCAAAGCUUAACGCCAGGAUUCACCCUCAAAUUCAGACGGUGCAUUCUGGGGCCAUCGCCACGAUGAAUUGCACGGUAGAGGGUUACCCGGUGGAGAGUGUCGAAUGGCUCCACGAUGGAGUGGCUGUGCUUACUGGACAAGAUUCAAGGAUUAAUUUGCAAACACCUUUGGUCUUGGUGGUCAGUUUUGUGGGUCGCAGAGACAGGGGCAUGUAUCAAUGUUUGGUGAGAAGCGACAAGGAGAACGCUCAAGCUACUGCGGAGGUUCAGCUGGGUGAUACUGUGCCUGAACUCCAGUACACGUUCAUCGAGCAAGCUCUGACCGCUGGACGUCCCGUGUCUCUCCGUUGCUCGGCAACCGGUUCUCCGCCACCAUCGUUCACCUGGCUGCUAGACGGUCAGCCGUUGGGCGAUAUAGUGGCAGGCCACAGAUACGCAAUAGGUCAGUACGUUGACCAAUCUGGUGACGUCAUCAGCCACCUUAAUAUAUCAUCGGCGGGAUCCGAGGACGGUGGUCUCUACACCUGUGUCGCCGCGAAUGCUCUUGCGAGCGUUGAGCACAAAGCAAGACUGAAUAUUUACGGUUCGCCUUACAUCAGGUCUAUUGCACCGGUGCGAGCAAUAGCCGGAAAGGACAUAACGAUUGCGUGUCCUUACUCUGGCUAUCCAAUAACAUCAGUAGAGUGGUCAAAGGGCGGAGUUCAACUGCCGUUGGACAUUAGGCAAAAGCUGAACGAAGGUUUGCUGACUAUAACCUCGGUGGAUACGAACGACAACGGGACGUACACAUGCACCGUGCGUAGGUCAGGAGAAACUGCCAGCAGAGACAUACUACUCACUGUUAGUAGUCCGCCGGUUAUGACACCCUUUAGCUUUGACCAAAACUUGCAAGAAGGAAAAUGGGCGCAGGCGACCUGCAGCGUAACUUCCGGAGACCUUCCAAUUUACUUCACGUGGCUGAAGGACGGGGAACAGAUACCACCGUCGCUUCGAAUCGAGGAACAGGUCCAAACGUUUUAUAGUCUGUUACUUUUUCACGAAGUUUCAUCACGCCAUAGUGGAAAAUACACUUGUAUAGCAACCAAUCAUGCUGCCAAAGUAAAUCACACUGCCGAACUACUGGUAAAAGUUCCUCCGCAAUGGACUUUCGAGCCUCAGGAUGUAUCCACCCUGCUCGGAAAUCCGUUGAACAUACAUUGCGAGGCCAAAGGAUUUCCUCCGCCGCAAAUCACUUGGCUUCGGGGUCAGGGAAGAUCGUCUAAUGACUUUCAACCGCUGAUCGUAUUGGAUGGCAGGAUAACCAUCCAGCCAAAUGGUUCUCUGUGGACAGCUUCUGCCGGUCCACAAGACGAAGGACAUUAUCUGUGCCGAGCAAACAAUGGCAUCGGUCUGGGCCUCAACAAACUAAUCUACGUCUCAGUGAACGAACCGGCAAGAUUCGAGAUCCAGAGUAAAAACGUAACUAUCAGACGCGGCGAACCGGUGAGUCUCGACUGUUCCGUCAUUGGAGAUAAUCCAAUCGAAGUUCAAUGGACCCAUAAUAACAACCGCCUGGACUUGAACAAUUAUCGUUUAAGCAUCAGUCAAGUUAAGUCCGAAGAAGGGUUGAAAUCACAAUUAUCAAUUGGACGAAGUGAUCGCCAAGAUUCCGGGGUUUACAGAUGUGUUGCGAGUAACGUGUUUGGAAUAAGCGAGCAUCUCAUAUAUCUGGCUAUUCAAGAAAGGCCGGAUCCACCGAUGGCGCUCGAAGUUAUAGAAAUCGGUUCCAGAUCAAUCCGGCUUUCUUGGAAGCAGUCUUUCGACGGGAACAGUCCAAUAAUCAAUUAUGCAAUUCAGUAUCGUCCGCUUGGUCUCGGCGUUACCGAAGAGUGGGACUCUCCUCAGACGCACAAUAUAACGAUCAACGCCAAAACCACGAGUAUAGGUGGAGCGACGAAUCCGACGCUUAAUGGAUUGACUCACUACGACACGAUGAGUGCGGAACAGGAAAUGGCGUUGGUCGGAGGUCUCCAUCCGGCAGUAACUUACACAUUCAGAAUGUUCGCCGUGAAUGCCAUUGAAGCUAGUGCGCCCACAGACCCAGUGGUGGCUAAGACUCAAGAAGAAGCACCAAUGGAUUCCCCUCAAAGCGUUAGUGUCCAGAGUGCAGGUCCCGGCGAGCUGAUCGUCAGCUGGCAGACUCCGUCAAGAGACAUGUGGAACGGUGAACUCCUUGGUUACAUAGUGACCUGGUCCGAGCACUCCACGUCGACUUCGGGCGUCAAUCAAAGCAAGAGCCUCACGGUAAAUGGUUGGGCAACGACGAAAAUUCAGCUCACCGGACUUCGGAAAUUCACUAAAUACGACGUUACGGUUAGAGCAUUCAACAGCAUCGCUAGUGGACCGGCAAGCAAUCCAGUUGUGGGAACAACUCAGGAAGGCGUACCCGAAGCUCCUCCAGCACAAGUAAUGUGCACCCCACUGUCGUCACAAAGCGUCAAAGUGUCUUGGGCUGCACCCCCAGCGCAUCAGCAUGGCGGUAUCAUUCAAGGGUACAAAGUCUACUACAGACCUGUUCCCACUGAUAACAUGGAAAUAUCGACAGUCGGUGAAGUGAAGCGAACUUCAAGUGAAGAGACGUACCUGCACACUUUGUACAAAUACACAAACUACUCGAUAAGGGUCUUGGCCUACACUGGAGCAGGUGAUGGAGAACUGAGUCUUCCAACGUAUUGCUCAACCGAAGAGGAUGUUCCGGGACCACCGGCUGGAAUCAAAGCAUUGGCAUUGACCGCUGACAGCAUUCUCGUGUCUUGGUUGCCACCUCUGCAACCGAAUGGACACGUUUCCCUCUACACAGUGUACAGUAGGGAGGCUGGGGCCACCCGAAAUAACACUCAUACGAUGCAUGAUCCACCGUCUUCCGCGAGCGACACUUUGACUAUGGAAUUAAGAGGCUUGACCGUAAGACAGCUAUACGAGUUUUGGGUUACUGCAACCACAGGGCUUGGAGAGGGUGAACGAACUACUAUCGUUACUCAAACUACGGACACUCGAAUUCCAGCCAGAGUCGCGUCCUUCUCCCAGAUCAUGCGAAAGGCCGUCAAAUCUUCAGUCACGUUGCCGUGUCUUGUGGUUGGAAAUCCCACCCCCCGUCCAAAGUGGACUUAUAAAAACAGCGAAAUAUCGACUGGAAGACAUUACGAGCUAACAUCAGAAGGACAUCUUAACAUUCACAGCCUGGAGCAGUCAGUAGCAGGGAAUUAUACAUGCUCUGCUAACAACUUGUUUGGGGAUGAUUCAGUUACAUACACUGUAAUUGUUGUGAUGCCUCCGCGAGCGCCUAAACUCGAAUUGCAGUACACAACACCGCACAGUAUUCGACUGCGCUGGAAUCAUCCUGAUAAUGGUGGUGCUACCAUCCAAGGGUACGUGUUGAGCUACAAAAGAGAUCGAGAUGGAUGGGAAGAAAUUGCGGUUUCACCGGAGCAGACGGCGUACACAUUGAGUGACCUCAAGUGCGGUUCAUCGUAUCUCGCCCAUUUGACUGCCCACAACAGAGUUGGCACUGGUGAACCGAGUGGAUUGAUCAGUGCCACAACGAAAGGCAGUGCUCCACUGCUACCAAAGGAGAGAGAUAUCAUCUCCGCAAACUCAACGACUCUUCGAUUAAAUCUUCUUUCCUGGCCGACUGGCGGCUGCCCCAUUCUCUACUACACAGUCGAGUACAAAAAACGAAGCGGCUCAGAGUCAUGGAUCAUGGUAGCGAACCGAGCCACAGAAAAUCUGGUCAUCAGAGACUUGAAACCAGCCUCGUGGUACAAUGUGAGACUCACAGCUCACAAUGACGCCGGAGCGAAAGAGACGCAGAUGGAAUUUGCAACGACAACCAUAACGGGUGUCAGCAUUGGUCCACCCAACGAUCUGAUAAUGGACAACGACGCGCCAAAGGGCGCUCCGACACACAGAAUUCUCUAUAUCGUCAUCCCCGUUGUAUGCGCCCUCGUCUUGGUGCUUUGCACCAUUCUACUCGGAUACGUAGUCCUCAAACGUGGCAGUUACUUCCUCGACACGAGUCACACCAUAUGUCAGCACUCCUCUGCAGGCAAUUUCUUGUCUUCUAGAGAGAGUGGCGGCUACCUAGGGGAGAUGUUGGCGGGUCAACAGCAGCAGCAGCUCCAACAGCCGGUUGGUAUGGGCUUGACCCAGCAGAUGCAGCCCGGGAUGCAGCAACUGGGCCACCAGCCCCACCAUUUAUCUAGCUGCAUGUCAACGGUCCAACUGAAAUCGACGGCUGAACGUGACAAUCGUCGAAACCACCAGGUCUAUACAAGCUCGCCGGUUAAACAGGAAAACCUCAAACCGAACGAUCAUGGGUCAGAAAUGUACGAAAUCAGUCCGUACGCAACGUUCAGCGUACCUGGACGGGAAAACCGGUCAGUCACCACCGCCACUUUGGACUACACGAUGCAGUUUAAGACCUUCGGCCACUUGGAGAACGAGGACAUCAACAUAAUUGAUUACGAAAGAUCGAGUAUCGAUUACGAGAGAUCAAAAACACCAAGGUGGCAUAAGCAGCGCUAUUUUCCCAGCAUCGCGGAAGCGGAAAGUAAACUCCGGUCAAACAGGCAGGGUUCCGGAAGUGAUACUUCCGGUAGCCCCUGCGGAGAAUGUGCCGGACCCAGCUACAGGGUACCCGUGAAGCCUUGUAGAGAUAUAUUUUCGAGGGGCGUCGAGUCCAGCACUGAAUCCAAUAACGAAGGUUCGCCGUUGGCGAGGAGGCGUAGCCGGCAACCCAGCAGGUCCACUCGCAGUUCCGUUGACGACAUGACGCUGUUACCACCAACCGGUUUCAGCGACAGCCGAGAAUUGAGUGAGGCAGAAUGCGAUCGAGACUGCCAUGCACUUUCCAUCGCAACGACACGACAUGGUGGCAGCCUCGGUCGCCUACCGAUAGAAGCGAUUGAAACUAUGCUUGCAAGGUAGGUAAAUAGAUAUCAGCAAAGAAAAGAGCAGGAACGACAGGAAUUCACCAUUCAUGUUUAAGAGGAUAUAAGGGUAAUUACAAGAGUGCGAUAGUGAGCGUGUAAAUUAAAUUGCCAAACAUAAGUGUAAGAUUACAAAAAUAGUCACCAUGGAAAACUGUUUAAAAAUUGUACACUUUACCUACUUUAUGUUUAUACCACUAGAAGUACGAUCCGAGGUCAAAACAAUAGCCCAAAUGGCAGCUGCGAUCUAAUUCGUAUGAAAUAUCUUCAUUAUAUUCGUGUUUGAUUUAUCAACUUCGGUACUAUAAUACGUAAUAUAGGUAUAUUAUAUAACGUAUAUCAUUGAAGCUGCAGUAAAACACUGCCGAACUCUGUAUGUAUAAAUAAAUGUACUGAUCAAUUGUUUUUACCGUACAUAAUAUAAAAUAUUUCAAAGAAUUAUUAUUACAUAAUGUACAUACAUAAAUAUAUCAAUGUUUUAGGUAGGUUGUGUAAUCUUGGUGAAAUAUCUAUUUGCGCUAAUAUUCUAUUAUUAUUCAGCUACCCCGUAAUCUAGGCUCCGAAUAUUCGCGAAAAAAAACCUUGGUCAUUUCUACGUAGUUCUCUAUAGUUUCAAAUAUUACUGUGGAAUACGGCGCGUUUUUUUUUUCAUCUUUUUGAGACUAAGAAAAUUUGGUUCAACAUUUCAAAAACAAAAUUCACCGAAAAGUAUCUUGAGAUCUAUUUGAAAAAGUAAUUCUACAGUUUUUUUUUUUUUCAAUUAAAUCUGUACAGAGAUUUGCAGCAAAAAUUUUCACCAGGCUAGGCAGCCAUCUGAAUGGAUAGGAAAGAAGAAUCUUCAAGGCAAUAUGAAUAAACUAUACACAUACAUAAGACAAGUCUAGAUUAUCAAUUAACCGCAAUUGCGGGUAACAUAAUAUUUACUAAUUGUUGAAGAUGCGAGACAUCAAGCAACGCGAGUAGCUCAGUUCCCAUUUCCGUGAAUCGUUCCUCUGUCUUUAACUUUUGUUGGACUUUGACGAUGUAAAAGAUCUAUAUACGUAUAAUUUAAAUUAUGGCAACUAUAACUAGCCGUACACAAGAAGACUUGUCAUUAAAUAUAUCACGGAUAUAUUAUACAUACAUACAGCGUUAUUGCUAACCUUGUCAAUUUAUAAUAUUUAUAUCACCUAUUUUGUAUCGUUGCGUCGAUCUGCAUACAAGUCCCAUAUUGCAGACAAGAUAACGUUGAACAUCAUUUUACUUUAUAUUUAUAUUAUUAUAUACUGAACUAGCACAUUAUUUUAUACAGUUUUUUAUAAUGUAAUAUACAUGAAUAAUAUGCGUAGGUUGUAGAAUAUUGAAUUAUAAUUGUUUGAAGAAUUGAAUAUAUAAAAAAAGGCGACGAAAACAAAUGUAAUGAAAGAAGUGAAGUCGUAAAGAAAAUAUACCGUUGUACAAAAUAUAAUUUCAAUAAAAAUCUUCGAGGGAUG